UCAAAUAAACGAAGGAAAAAAAUUCAUUCAAUAAAAGCUUUAAACGUACGUACGACUCACCGAGUAGUCUCAAUUCGGUGGCGAAACAAUGAAGAAAGCAACACCUGUACGGAAUUCCCAUACCUCCACGGCGGAUCUGUUGACGUGGUCAGAGGUUCCGCCGCGUUCGUCCGCCAAUGCAUCUCGUUCUCGUCGUCCUUCUGAUGGAAUGAGUAAGGUGUUGUUUGGAGGGCAGAUUACUGAUCAGGAAGCUGAGAACUUGAACAAAAGGAAACCUUGUUCAGGGUACAAACUAAAGGAGAUGCGUGGCAGCAAUCUAUUUUCUGCUGUUAGUAAAACUGUUGCAUCAGAACCUGAACCUGUUAAUGCUAAUGUUAGCAACAGGACAUCUGUCCGGAUCGUUCAGCAAGGUGCAAAUGGAGAAAGCCAGAUUUCAUUCAGUACUGAAGAAAAGAUCUCCCCGGAGACGCCUACCACUCCAACAGAAGUGGCGAAUCAGAGCGAGUUGAGUGGAACACCAGAAAGCGAGCUAGAUAGCAAAGUGAAGAAGCAGCUUUCGGAUGCAAAGAGCAAGGAACUUAGUGGAAGUGACAUCUUUGGCCCUCCUGUACAAGUUCCUCCAAGAUUAUUGGCUACUACACGGGCCUCAGAGCCGAAACAAAGCAAAGACAUCGAUGAACCUGCUCCACGAUCUGUACGCACAUCUGUCAAAGUUUCUAAUCCUGCUGGUGGUCGAAGUAAUAUCUUGUUUGGCAGCGAUGAACCUGUUGUGAAGCCAGUAAAGAAAAUACAUAACCAGAAGUUUGCGGAGUUAACUGGCAACAACAUUUUCAAGGGAGAUUACAACAGUCCUCCUGGAUCUUCAGAAAAGCCACUGAGCAGCGCUAAGCUGAGGGAAAUGAGCGGUAGCAAUAUAUUCGCUGAAGAUAAAGUUGAAUCCAGAGUUUGCUAUGGUGGCGUACGCAAACCACCAGGUGGAGACAGCAGCAUCAGAUUAUUUUAAGUAAAUAAAUCACAUCAAACUGCUACUUAUGUUAACCUGUAAAUGAACAUACUUCAGCUGCUUCUGACUAGUGAGGCCUUCUCAUGAUCAUUGUGGUUUUAGGAAUGAGGAUUGUAAAUUUUGAUGUGUCAAUCAUGUCAUAUGAUUAAUAUUAACACCCUAAUUUGAUUCA